GCGAUUCCUGGCAUUCGCACUUUCGUCCGUUAUUGAGCUAGGGAGUUAGCAGUGAUACUAGGCGCGGCUAGAGAACGAUCCUUUCGUGGCUCAGCAUCCCCAAGUCACCCCAGAGAAAUAUCCGACGCGCUUCCAUCGCUCCCGUCAGGAGAAAAAAACUAUUUGUAUAGUGAUUUUGCAUCGCAAUUUUGGGUGUUCUCUUGGCUAUUGUUGAGCGGUAAAAUUACGUUUGAAUAUUCAAGUAACAUGGAUAAAACGACAAUCAUCCUCACCAACGACACCAAACUCUACUCUCCAGCGCGGCUGACGCCGACGGGAAAAAUCAGCCACGCUAAAACCCGGGUAUACACGCAGCGUUAUCGCAAGGAAUGGGAACAGAUGCCAGACUUCAAAGGUUGGUUGACUUCGGUACCACAUGAAUCGACUCGUGCUUACUGUAAAUAUUGUAAGAAAGAUCUACACGCGCACCGGCUAUCUUUGCUGAAACAUACAUGCACGAUGAAGCAUCAGCGUGCUGCUUUAUUGCUCAAUUCAACCGGAGAGAUUAAAGAUAAUUCUCAGACAGAAGAGAACGAGGAUGACAGCGAAUAUAUAGUCGAGAGACUGGAUAUGGAGGAGGAUACUACGAUGAAUGUGCAGGAAGAAAAAUUGGAAUCUACGGAUGUAGGGAUGGAGGAAAUAGAGGAAAAAGAAUCGAGUGAUACUGGUGAUCUUUGUCUGCAAUUGCACCUAUCUGAUGAAGAUGAAGAGAAACCUGUGAUUAAGAAAAUUGAAUUGUCUCAGGAGAAAUGUCAUGAUGCAUUAGCUGAGGCGAUGGCCCAUGUCCAUGGCGAGUAUCUUGACGUAGAAGACGCGGACGAGGGCAAUGUGGAGCUGGAAAUGGUGGUAGAAGAAGAGGCAUCUAACAACAUAGAGGUAAUAUUACCCGAUGUGAUGACAAAUCAAGUUAAAGAAAAGUCGAAGAACCUCGAGAGCGGAAAGAUUGCACGCCGUUUGGAAUUCAAAGCUAUUAACAAAAAGUCAGCAGGAAAGAUCCUUCAAACAGACAGUAAGGGUGAUGUGAUAGUUGCUUCUUUACCGAUACUGGAAACAACAUAUCAGCUGAACUCAACACCAUCAACUCACGAAGACAACAUUAUACCAGUCACUGCUGGACAGAAUAGGACUAUUACUCUGACAUCUGGUGGUAAGACUUUGACUUUGACCGGUGGUACAUUCCAACCAGGCACACAAUACGUUCUGAGCAAGAUCAAAGGUGCCAAGUUGCCUACAUUGGUGGUCACCGACAAAAAGCCCAUCGUCGCCGUAAACCAGCCCAACCUUAACAAAACUGUUCAGUUGACUACUAUGUUAGAAUCUACUGCUAUCCCUAGUACGAGCCAACAGUCGAGUAAGUCAUCUCCGUUGAAAAUGAAAUUACCACCGAAAAAAUUACGUAUCUCCACUCACGUAGUGGACACUACCAAGGGACUUCCGGUUAGCGGCCUCCAAGUCAGCCUCUACAAACUAGUGGACGGCAGAUGGACUUUCAUGAACGAGAGCAAUACAAAUCCGAAUGGACGCUGCAUCGAUCUAUUAGAUCAUAAUACUAAGUCGAUCGGUAUGGGGGGUCGCUACAAGAUUCACUUUGAUGUCGAGAAGUACUUCUCUUUAAGAAGAAUAGAGACCAUGUAUCCAUUCAUCGAGAUUGUGUUUGAUGUGAAAAAUCCACUUGGUCACUACCAUAUCCCAAUUUUGUUGAGUCCUUUCGGUUACAGUACAUAUCGCGGUUCUUAAGCAAUUUCCUAUGAAAGAUUUGAUAGAAUAAAAAAUUAUACAAAGCAGGACUUUCAUAUUAAGAAAUCAUAUUUAUCAUGUCUUACUACAAAAAUUAUGAGUAUUUUUUUAUGAAAUUUUUUUGUGUCAAGUAACGUCGCAUUACCCAUUAAAAUUUGUAUGCUCAUAUUUGCAAAUUUACUUACAUAAGAAUAGCAAAUCUUGAAUUAUCGAAGUUUGAAUCGUAGUGAAUUGCUUAUAUAUAUAAAUUAGUCUAGGGAAAUUAUUUAGAUAUAUUAUGA